AUGCGUACCUCUAUCACAGAUGAUGUGGGGCCACUUGUGGUAACAGAGUAUGGCCUCAGCUCCGGUACACCCAAAGCUGAGGAGGCUAGCAAGAUCUGGGCAUUCCCUGGGGAUGUCAUGUUAAGGGCGGGUGUGGACAACGAACAUCCGUUCAAACGUCCCAUCUUUACGAAGAUAAUCAAAGAUGCCUUCUUCAUGGCAGGCACCAAAGGAAAGCCAGCUGCAGCCACGGACAAGGAGGCGGUCUUCACCUCGAGUGAGUACAUGAAGCCGCACAAAAAAGAGAUGCUGCCAAACAUGGUUGCUUUGGCUUGCGCCACGAUCCACCUUGCCCUUGAUGAGUGGUCAGGCAGUGAACAUAAGAAGACUGAUUACAGCACGACCAAGGCCGAGAAGGUUUAUAAGGCAGCGAUGGAGUCUCUUAACUGGCUUGCUUCAAACUGCCCCGCCGCAUACCACCACACCUUGCACAACCUCUACGUCAACGUCUGGUGCGUAUAG